UUUUUCGGAAGCAAACCCCCGGCCCCUGCCGUCUUUCCUGACUUUCCGUCUCAGCUACGCUCGGGAGAGCCGCCGGCCGGCGCUAUUAAUUUGUGUUAUCCAAGAUGGAGGAGGUUUUGUGAUGUUCUCCAGCGCUCAGAAGUGAUCCCUUUUCCGUCCGUGUCAGAUCAUUCCUCAGACACAGGGGCGGACGUCUUUUCUAAAUCCUUCUGCCUGCGGGGGAAAUAAAGAACAACUUUAGGAUUUGGAUAUUAGUUUUUUUUGUGUGUGUGUGUUUUUCGUCACGGCCAUGAGCUCGGGGGAAGGGGCCGAGGAGGCGGCUAAGGACGCGGCCGAUAUAGCGACGUUCUUCAAAUCUGAUUGUUCGCUUUCAAAAUGUGAGCCCAAAGCCGAUGUCUCCAAUCAAAUAACAGGAUUUCGUAGGAAUGAAGAGAUGAAGGCGAUGGAAGUUUUGCCCAUUCUAAAGGAAAAAGUGGCCUUCUUGUCAGGGGGCAGGGACAAGCGCGGCGGUCCAGUUUUAACAUUCCCAUCACGAACCAACCAUGACCGAAUACGACACGAGGAUCUCCGCAGACUCAUCGCCUACCUCGCCGGCAUCCCUAGCGAGGACGUGUGCAAACAUGGCUUCACGGUCAUCGUGGACAUGCGUGGCUCCAAAUGGGAUUCCAUCAAGCCUCUGCUGAAGAUCCUGCAGGAGUCGUUUCCCUGCUGCAUCCACGUCGCCCUCAUCAUCAAACCAGACAACUUCUGGCAAAAACAGAGGACCAACUUCGGCAGCUCCAAGUUCGAGUUUGAGACUACCAUGGUUUCCCUGGAGGGCUUAUCUAAGGUGGUGGACCCAUCCCAGUUGACCCCUGACUUCGAGGGCAGCCUGGACUACAACCACGAAGAGUGGAUCGAAAUCCGCGUAGCCUUCGAAGACUUCACGGGCAAUGCUCGGCACCUGCUCGCUCGCCUGGAGGAGAUGCAAGAAACGGUCACACGCAAAGACUUCCCACAGGAUUUAGAUGGAGCCCGACGCAUGAUAGAGGAGCACGCAGCCCUGAAGAAGAGGGUGAUGAAGGCUCCUGUGGAGGAGGUGGACAGUGAGGGCCAGAGGCUGCUGCAAAGGAUUCAAAGCAGUGAGAGCUACGCUAACCGAACUGUGCCAGUCCCGCCAGGGCAGAGGGAAGGGCAGGGACAACCCAAUGCUGACACCCAGGGCCUGGUGCCCCGUAUUUCAGCCCUACUGGAAAAACUGCACAGCACCAGGCAGAACCUGCAUCAGGCCUGGCACGUCCGCAAACUGCAGUUGGACCAGUGCUUCCAACUCAGGCUUUUCGAACAGGAUGCUGAAAAGAUGUUUGACUGGAUCAUGCACAACAAAGGGCUGUUUCUGGCUGGAUACACUGAGAUCGGCAACAACCACCCCCACGCCAUGGAGCUGCAGACCCAGCACAACCACUUUGCCAUGAACUGCAUGAAUGUUUACGUAAACAUAAACCGCAUCAUGUCGGUGGGGAACCGUCUGCUGGAGGCGGGCCACUAUGCGUCCCAGCAGAUCAAACAGAUCUCAGGUCAGCUGGAGCAGGAGUGGAAAGCCUUUGCUGCUGCGCUGGAUGAGAGGAGCGCCCUGUUGGAGAUGUCUGCUACUUUCCACCAGAAAUGCGACCAGUACAUGAGCAAUGUGGACUCGUGGUGUAAAGCCUGCGGGGAGGUGGAUCUGCCCUCUGAGCUACAGGACCUAGAGGACGCCAUCCACCAUCACCAAGGCCUGUACGAGCAGAUCACCGCUGCCUACUCUGAGGUGAGCCAAGAUGGAAAAGCCUUAUUGGACAAACUUCAACGCCCCUUGACCCCUGGCAGCGCUGAUUCGCUGACAGCUUCUGCCAAUUACUCCAAAGCGGUGCACCAUGUUUUGGACAUCAUCCAUGAGGUUCUGCAUCACCAGAGGCAGCUGGAGAACAUCUGGCAGCACCGUAAGGUCCGGCUGCACCAACGUCUGCAGCUGUGUGUAUUCCAGCAAGACGUUCAGCAGGUUCUUGACUGGAUUGAGAAUCACGGUGAGGCGUUUCUUAGCAAACACACAGGAGUGGGGAAAUCUCUACACCGCGCUCGAGCCCUGCAGAAACGCCAUGAAGACUUUGAGGAAGUUGCACAGAAUACAUACACCAAUGCUGAUAAGCUGCUUGAAGCUGCGGAGCAGUUGGCCCAGACAGGCGAGUGUGACCCAGAGGAGAUUUAUCAGGCCGCCCAUCAGCUAGAGGACAGGAUCCAGGACUUUGUAAGGCGGGUGGAGCAGCGAAAGGUCUUGCUGGACAUGUCAGUGGCUUUCCACACCCAUGUUAAGGAGCUGUGGACGUGGCUGGAGGAGCUGCAGAAGGAAUUGUUGGAUGACGUGUAUGCUGAGUCGGUGGAGGCCGUUCAGGACCUGAUCAAGCGUUUUGGGCAGCAGCAGCAGACCACGCUGCAAUUCACUGUAAACGUCAUAAAAGAGGGAGAAGAUCUCAUUCAACAACUCAGAGACUCUGCCAUCUCCAGCAAUAAGACUCCUCACAACAGCUCCAUCAACCACAUCGAGAGCGUCCUGCAGCAGCUGGAUGAGGCUCAGGCUCAGAUGGAGGAGCUCUUCCAGGAGAGGAAGAUCAAACUGGAACUUUUCCUUCAGCUCAGGAUCUUUGAGAGGGAUGCCAUUGAUAUUAUCUCAGACUUGGACUCGUGGAAUGAGGAGCUGUCACAGCAGAUGAAUGACUUCGACACAGAGGACCUGACGCUGGCCGAACAGAGACUGCAGCACCACGCCGAUAAAGCCCUGACCAUGAACAACCUGGCCUUCCACGUCAUCCACCAGGGCCAAGAACUGCUGCAGUACGUCAACGAGGUGCAGGCGUCUGGUGUGGAGCUGCUGUGUGACCGUGAUGUGGACAUGGCCACUCGUGUACAGGACCUCCUGGAGUUUCUACAUGAGAAACAGCAAGAGCUGGAUGUGGCCGCAGAGCAGCACCGCAGACACCUGGAGCAGUGUGUGCAGCUGCGCCACCUACAGGCUGAAGUCAAACAGGUUCUGGGUUGGAUCCGUAAUGGCGAGUCAAUGCUGAAUGCAGGUCUGAUUACAGCCAGUUCACUUCAAGAAGCUGAGCAGCUGCAGAGGGAGCAUGAGCAGUUCCAGCAUGCCAUCGAGAAAACCCAUCAAAGCGCCCUACAGGUCCAGCAGAAAGCAGAGGCCCUGCUGCAGGCUAAUCACUACGACAUGGACAUGAUCCGAGACUGUGCUGAGAACGUGGCCUCCCAUUGGCAGCAGCUCAUGCUGAAAAUGGAAGACCGGCUCAAGCUGGUCAACGCAUCUGUGGCCUUUUAUAAGACCUCCGAACAGGUGUGCAGUGUGUUGGAGAGUCUGGAGCAGGAGUACAAGCGCGAGGAGGACUGGUGCGGAGGAGCGGACAAACUUGGGCCAAACUGUGAAACCGACCACGUCACCCCCAUGAUCAGCAAGCAUCUGGAGCAGAAAGAGGCCUUCCUUAAGGCAUGCACGUUGGCCAGAAGGAAUGCUGACGUGUUUCUGAAAUACAUGCACAGAAACAGUGUCAGCAUGCCAGGGAUGCUGAGUCACGUCAAAGCACCAGAGCAGCAGGUCAAAAAUAUCCUGAAUGAGUUGCUGCAAAGGGAGAAUCGGGUCCUGCACUUCUGGACCAUGAGGAAGAGAAGGCUGGACCAGUGUCAGCAGUAUGUGGUGUUUGAACGCAGUGCCAAACAGGCUCUGGAGUGGAUCCAUGACACCGGUGAGUUCUAUCUUUCCACACACACCUCCACGGGCUCCAGCAUCCAUCACACUCAGGAGCUUCUGAAGGAGCACGAAGACUUCCACAUCACAGCCAAGCAAACCAAAGAGCGGGUGAAGCUGCUGAUACAGUUAGCGGAUGGUUUCUGUGAUAAGGGCCACUCCCACGCCGCUGAGAUUAAGAAAUGGGUCACGGCCGUGGACAAACGCUAUCGAGACUUCUCCCUUCGCAUGGACAAAUAUCGCAUGUCUCUAGAGAAAGCCCUCGGCAUAUCAUCAGACUCAAACAAAGCAAGUAAAGACCUGCAGUUGGACAUCAUUCCAGCCAGUGCUCCAGGGUCAGAGGUCAAACUCAGAGAUGCUGCUCAUGAGCUAAAUGAAGAGAAGCGCAAGUCUGCUCGCAGGAAGGACUUCAUCAUGGCUGAGCUGAUUCAGACAGAAAAGGCCUAUGUGCGAGAUUUAAGAGAGUGCAUGGAUACGUAUCUGUGGGAGAUGACCAGUGGCGUGGAGGAGAUCCCACCAGGGAUCGUUAAUAAAGAGCAUAUCAUUUUUGGUAACAUGCAGGACCUCUACGAGUUCCAUCACAAUAUAUUCCUCAAAGAGCUGGAGAAGUACGAGCAGCUUCCUGAAGAUGUGGGCCACUGUUUUGUGACUUGGGCUGAUAAGUUCCAAAUGUAUGUGAACUACUGCAAGAACAAACCCGACUCCACUCAGCUUAUUCUUGAACAUGCUGGAGGAUAUUUUGACGAAAUCCAACAGCGGCAUCGCCUGGCCAACUCCAUCUCAUCAUACCUCAUCAAACCUGUUCAGAGAAUAACCAAGUACCAGCUGCUCCUCAAGGAGCUCCUGACAUGUUGUGAAGAAGGCAAAGGUGAAAUCAAAGAUGGCCUGGAGGUUAUGCUCAGUGUUCCCAAGAGAGCCAAUGACGCCAUGCACUUGAGCAUGCUGGAAGGUUUUGACGAGAACAUUGAGUCCCAAGGAGAACUGAUCCUGCAGGAGGCGUUCCAGGUGUGGGAUCCCAAGACCCUGAUCCGCAAGGGACGGGAACGUCACCUGUUCCUCUUCGAAAUGUCGCUGAUUUUCAGCAAGGAGGUUAAAGACUCCAAUGGCAGGAGCAAAUACAUCUACAAGAGCAAGCUUUUUACCUCUGAACUGGGUGUUACUGAGCAUGUGGAAGGAGAUCCGUGUAAAUUUGCCCUCUGGGUUGGACGGACCCCAACUUCAGACAACAAGAUUGUCCUCAAGCUAAGUCAGGGAUGCAAACAUGGAUCCAUGGCAUCCAGUAUUGAGAACAAACAGGACUGGAUAAAGCACAUCCGUGAAGUGAUUCAGGAGCGCACUGUGCAUCUGAAGGGGGCGCUAAAGGAGCCCAUCCACAUCCCCAAACCCUCCACAGCCAAACACAAGGGUCGCAGAUACACUCCCAGGGAUGGAGAGGAUCUGGACAGUCAGGGUGACGGCAGCAGCCAGCCGGACACCAUCUCACUGGCCUCCAGGACCUCACAGAACACACUGGACAGCGACAAGCUGUCCGGUGGUUGUGAGCUCACAGUGGUCAUCCAUGACUUCAUUGGCGGUAACAACAACGAGCUGACAGUGAGGAGGGGACAGACGGUGGAGGUACUAGAGAGGCUCCACGAUAAGCCGGACUGGUGCUUGGUGCGGACCACUGACCGUUCCCCUGCCCUGGAAGGCCUGGUUCCCUGUGCCAUGCUCUGUAUUGCCCACUCCCGCAGCAGCAUGGAGAUGGAGGGCAUCUUUAACCACAAAGAUGCUCUUUCUGUAUGCAGUAACGAUGCCAUCAUGCCAGGCUCCUCUGCCACCCUGCAGCCAGGUCAUGUGAUGGGCUCCCAGAGUUCCCCUGGGCCCAAACGCACUGGCAACACAUUAAGGAAAUGGCUGACCAGUCCUGUGAGGAGACUCAGCAGUGGUAAAGCCGACGGCCACGUGAAGAAGCUGGCGCACAAACACAAGAAGAGCCGCGACGUCAGAAAGAGCGCCGACGCCGGCUCGCAGAAGGACUCUGACGACAGCGCAGCCACCCCACAAGAUGAGACUCUGGAAGAGAGGGUGCGUAACGAGGGUCUGAGCAGCGGGACUCUCUCCAAAUCGUCAUCUUCUGGAAUGCAGAGCUGUGGAGAGGAAGAGGGAGAGGAAGGAGCUGACACUGUGCCUCUUCCUCCACCCAUGGCCAUCCAGCAGCACAGCCUCCUUCAGCCGGACGCACAGGAUGACAAGACCUCUUCUCGUCUCUCCGUCCGACCCUCCAGCUCUGAGACCCCCAGCGCUGCAGAGUUGGUCAGUGCCAUUGAGGAGCUUGUCAAAAGCAAAAUGGCUCUGGAGGACCGACCCAGCUCUUUGUCUGUGGAGCAAGGGGACAGCAGCAGCCCCUCUUUCAACCCAUCUGAUAACUCUCUCCUCUCUUCCUCAUCGCCAAUCGAUGAGAUAGAAGAACGCAAGACCGGCUUCUUCAAGAGACGGCAUUAUGUCCUGCUGGAACUGAUCGAGACCGAGAGGGACUAUGUGAGAGAUCUCAGUAUGGUUGUGGAGGGGUACAUGACCAGGAUGAGGGAGGAUGGAGUUCCAGAUGAUAUGAAAGGAAAAGACAAAAUAGUUUUUGGAAACAUUCAGCAGAUAUAUGACUGGCACAAAGAUUUCUUCCUGGGAGAGCUUGAGAAGUGCCUUGAGGAUCCUGAUCGGCUGGGCCCUCUCUUUGUCAAACAUGAGCGGAGACUGCACAUGUACAUUGUUUACUGCCAGAACAAACCUAAAUCUGAGCACAUUGUCUCAGAAUAUAUCGACACCUAUUUUGAGGAUCUGAAGCAGCGUCUGGGUCACAGGCUUCAGAUCACUGAUCUGCUCAUUAAACCCGUGCAGAGAAUCAUGAAGUACCAGCUGCUGCUUAAGGAUUUCCUAAAAUUUUCCAAAAAAAUUGGAAUUGAAUCAGUAGAAUUGGAGAAAUCGGUUGAGGUCAUGUGCAUUGUACCUAAAAGAUGCAACGACAUGAUGAAUGUUGGUCGACUCCAGGGAUUUGAUGGAAAGAUCAUUGCUCAGGGGCGUCUCCUUCUGCAGGACACCUUCAUGGUGGCUGAACCGGAUUGUAGCCUGCUGAACAGAAUGAAAGAGAGAAGAGUCUUCCUCUUUGAGCAGAUUGUCAUCUUCAGUGAACCUUUAGAUAAAAAGAGGGGCUUCUCGAUGCCUGGUUACCUGUACAAAUACAGCAUUAAGGUGAGCUGUCUGGGGCUUGAGGAUAGUGUGGAUGGAGACCCAUGUAAAUUCGCACUGACCUCCAGAAUGUCCAAUGGCAGCAAAGAGGCCUUUAUUCUGCACUCAAGCCACCCUGGAGUUCGACAAGUCUGGAUGCUGCAGAUCAGCCAAAUCCUGGAGAGCCAACGCAAUUUUCUCAAUGCGCUUACAUCUCCUAUAGACUACCAGAGGAACCACGUCGAGGGGCCUGGUGUCUCAGGCAGCAUACAGGCUGGAGGUAGCGGGGGUCAGGUCAUGGUCCCUGGAGGAGGCGGAGGGGCCCCGGCUGGGUCGGGUUCCCGCUCUCGCCCUUCCCGUAUACCCCAGCCCUCACGCUUGCCUCAGCCUCUUCGUCAUCACUCUCCCGCGCUGGGGCCCGGAGCUCACGAGCCUGAUGGCCCCGACAAAAUAUCAGGUAUGUCCCCGAGACCUCUCUCCAGGGGUUCCUCACCCUCUUGCACCACAGAGCCUGAUCCAAAGGUGAAGGUUCCUGCGAGCCCUCACCCCAAACAGACGGACUCUACAGAAAGCUCUUCCAAAGAAAGCAGGGAUGGAGCAGGCACAGCCCAGAUCCCUCGAGCCACCGUGGCCCCCCUAGCACUGGUCAAACCCAGACCUGGAACGGUCUCGCCCAUGGCCUCCCCAUUAGCCACACCAGCUUUUAAAGACAUCCCACCCUGCAGUCCUGGGCCAAAGACAGGCGGCAGCUCCACCUCAUUCUGGAGCUCUGUUCCCGCGUCCCCCGCCAGCAGGCCUGGUUCCUUUACUUUUCCCGGGGAAUCAUGUGACACACUGGGAAGGCAGAACCAGAACCAAAGUCACCGGCAUUCCACCCACAGUAAGGACGCAGACCGCAUGAGUACCUGUUCUUCUGCCAGUGAGCAAUCUGUCCAGUCCACUCAGAGCAACGGGAGUGAAAGCAGCAGCAGCAGUAAUAUCUCCACCAUGUUGGUGACUCAGGACUAUGUGGCUCUGAAAGAGGAUGAGAUAAAUGUAGGUCAAGGGGAGGUGGUGCAGAUCCUGGCCUCCAAUCAACAGAACAUGUUCUUGGUGUUUCGCGCUGCUACCGACCAAUGCCCAGCCGCCGAGGGCUGGAUCCCUGGAUACGUGCUGGGCCACACCUCCGCCAUUAUCCCUGAUGUACCAGAGGGCACCAUUAACAGGAAAUCAUCAUCAUGGCAUACAUCCCUCCGUAUCCGUAAGAAGUCAGAGAAAAGAGAGAAGGAGAAUAAAAAGGAGGCCAAGCUUGAAAAUGGAUACAGGAAAUCCAGAGAGGGACUAACCAACAAGGUCUCUGUAAAGCUUCUAAAUCCCAAUUACAUCUAUGAUGUUCCCCCGGAGAUCCUCGUCCCACUGAGUGACGUGACCUGUGAUAAAGGGGAGUGUGUCACCCUGAGAUGUAAAGUGUGUGGCCGCCCCAAAGCCACAGUCACAUGGAAGGGACCCGAUCAGAAAACACUCACCAACAACGGACACUUUAGCAUAGCCUACAGUGAGACUGGCGAGUCCACUCUGCGUAUCGUAGGAGUGACCUCAGAGGAUGAUGGCAUGUACACCUGCAUUGCAACCAAUGAUAUAGGCAGUGUGACAUCAUCAGCCAGUCUCAGGGUGUUGGGAACUACUAGCGAUGGAAUCCGGGUCAUGUGGAAAGACAACUUUGAGUCCUUCUACACUGAGGUAGCAGAGCUGGGCAGGGGAAGGUUCUCUGUAGUAAAACGCUGUGACCAAAGGGGAUCAAAGCGCACAGUAGCGGUCAAGUUUGUGAAUAAGAAACUCAUGAAGCGAGACCAGGUCACCCACGAGUUCAGCGUCCUACAGAGACUCCAGCACCCUCACCUAGUUAGACUACUGGACACCUUUGAGACCUCCAGCAGCUAUGCACUGGUCCUGGAGAUGUCUGAUCAGGGCCGUCUUCUGGACUACAUUGUGAGCUGGGGGAACCUCACUGAGGAAAAAGUGGCCUUUUACCUCCGGGACAUAUUAGAAGCUUUGCAAUACCUGCACAACUGCAGGAUAGUUCAUCUGGAUUUAAAGCCUGAAAACCUUGUGGUGGAGCAGAGCCCCUCCCAGCCGAUGGUGAAACUGACGGACUUCGGCGACGCAGUGCAGCUGAACUCGACUCCCUACAUUCACCCUCUGCUGGGCAGCCCGGAGUUUGCGGCCCCCGAGCUGGUUCUCGGGGACCCCGUCUCUCUCUCCUCUGACUUGUGGAGUCUGGGCGUGGUGACGUACGUGAUGCUGAGCGGGGCGUCUCCGUUCUUAGACGAGAGCGUGGAGGAGACGUGCCUUAACAUCUGCCGCCUAGACUUCAGUUUCCCCGACGACUACUUCCAGGGCGUUAGCCAGGCGGCACGGGAUUUCGUGUGCCUGCUUCUCAGGGCCGAACCUUCCAAGCGGCCCCCAGCCGCCACCUGCCUGCAGGAUCCCUGGCUGAGACCCGGAGGUGGCCGUCGCUCGGCAGAAUGCAUCGAUACCUCUCGACUCAUCUCCUUCAUCGAUCGGCGCAAACACCAGAACGACCUGCGGCCUCUCGGAGGCAUCAGAGCCUUCCUGCAAAGCAGGCUACAGCCCAGGAUCUGACCCGAGUAACGUAAUCUCAUCCUCUUUCUGAUGCCAAUUUAGACGAAUUCAGUCCUGAGCCUAUCAAAAUGUGUGCUGACAACAAUAUCUGCCAAUAAGAGCCUUUGUCGGCAGACCAGAUUUUAGAUCGUUAGUCCUUUCCCAGUUUGCUGCUGCCUUGUUUCCAAUUUCAUGAAGACUUUUACGCAGAGAUUAAAACAAUGGAAUAUAAAUAUAAAUAUAUAUAUAAUAUUUCUCUGAUUUGCUGAAUGAUCAACAAAUCUACAUAAAUGGACUAAUAUUUUGUGUAGAACAAAUGUACCUGCACAAACGUGGCAGAGGUUUUUGAAGAAAGCGAUGCAAAUGCAAUUUAGCGAGGAGAACAACCUUUUUCCCUUUCUGUUUUGCCUGAGCCAGAGAGCAAGCGGAUGUUUUUGUGCUUUUACGGCGUUCGACUCGGAACAUUUCCUAAUGAACCUUUAGAGAAAAAUGAACAGCGCAUAAUAACGAUGACAUUUUCAGGUACAUCCUUCAAUAAAAUCAUUUACAUCAACUCAAGUCUGAAUGAACGCAACACACAAGUCGUGAGCAAAUGAAUAGUUGAAGCUUGUUUUGGUCUCCUAGUGUAAUCAGUUGCUUAUUUCAACAAUGAUUCCGCCACAUUUAGCUGGGAAAUUUUUAACGGCUGCAAGUCUUUUUUUUUUUUUUUUUUUUUUUUUUUCCUCCUUUUUUUCUUCUUUUUUUUUUUAUUUACUACAACUAGAACAAAUUGUGUUGUGCAAUCUACAGAUAUAUACGCCUUAUUCUAUACUAUGUGUCUGCCCUGUUUCUUUCUUUCUUUUUAAAUGCAAUGUCACAAGAGUGGAGAGCAGAACUCCAGUGGGAGAUAGCCAUAGGGCGGCCAGACGUCUGAGCUCAUCAGCCUCAGACGGGACAGCAUUGAAGAAUGACUGAAUACUGUAAAUGCACUCACGUUGUUUCUGGUUCUUAUCACGUGCAAUGUUGCAGCUUCGAUGGUUUAUGCAACUAUUUAUGAACACAUCCGUUAUACCUUUAAUAAAAAACGUAGAAUAGCACGUACUCUGUACUGCAGUUCUGCUGUUGUUUAUUUAAUCCGGUCUUUAUCGUUAAGUAUUAAACCCCUGUCAUUCUACAGGGCUGUUGUCUACAUGGCACUUAUGCUAGUCACUUUUCUGUUGAUAUACAUAUUGGUAUGCCAAAGCUCUCCAUGCUUUACGAGAAUUAGUUUUUCUUUUUGUUCCCCGACAAAUAUUUUACACCUUAGGUAGCCAUGACUGGUUGUUUACAUGAGUUAAUCAUAGCUUUAUAUUUGGGAAAAAUUUCUUGAUUUUCCUCUGUGUCCAUGUUAUAGACAUUGCACAGAUCUAACUUUUUUUUUUUUUUUUUUUUUUUUUUUUUUUUUUUAAAUGUGCAUUAUUGGAGAUAUUUCUGAAACGCACCUCCCAUUUAGGCUAGGCAGUCCUUGACGUGAGGAUAAUUUCGUCAUAGCAAGAUAUCAUGGACAAAAAAUGUGAAGCCUUUAAAUUAUGAUAUUUAUCUUCUCAUAUAGAUAGUUUAAUGCAAAUGUAGGUCCUUUUUAGUUUUAAGGCCUCUGAUAGUUUUUUGGUGACCGGUUAGUCAUAAGAAGCUCUCAGCAGUUUAAAUUGUCACUGGAAGGAUAUUGGUUUGCAGUCUGUAACCAUUGGCCUGUUGCUCUCAGUAUGCUGAUUUCCAGUGAUCCUUGCAUCAUACAUCAGUCAACUGUUAUAUUUGAGAUUUUGAAGCGUUAUGAAAUGUUUGAGUGGUGGACAGUGACUCUUUCCCGGUAGGAAGGAACAUUGUUAAUUCAUCUGUAUAGACCCAUAUCAUGUCCUCUAAUUUAUUUGUCAUUGUAAAGUUGUACAGAUGCCUUUACAGCGUGGGAACUUGGACUGGAUACAUUUUUUAAAGUGUUUCAUUGAAUGUCUACUUUUAGUUCUGAUCUCAUUGUAUUUUAAUGUAUGUAUUAUCAUUUUAGACUUGUUUUAUUUUGAUUAUUUUAUACUUUUUGCAUGUGUAUAUUUCUUUGUACAGAAACCAUAAGUGUUUACGCGAUAUGUGCUGUAAAUAUUUUCAGUUUUGUCAUCAGUUAUUUUGGAAUUAAACAUAUGGAACAUU